UAGCUUGAUAUCAUAUCAUCAUAGUCAUAUAUCAAAUACAUCAUUAGCUUGUUGUAAUCGAGAGAGAAGUUAGCCAAAUGGGUUGUGAGAGUAAAACAUGGUUGAUUCUGUCUCUUGUAACUGUCAUGGUUGCAAGCAUCAUGCAACAUAGUACUGUCCUCGGAGAAUCCCAAGUGCCUUGCAUUUUUGUGUUUGGGGAUUCUCUAUCUGAUAGUGGAAACAACAACAAUCUUCCAACCUCUGCAAAAGCUAAUUUCUUGCCAUAUGGCAUCGACUUUCCUGCAACUUUCCCAACCGGAAGAUAUUCCAACGGAAGAAAUCCCAUUGAUAAAAUAGCCCAACUGUUGGGAUUUCAGGAAUUCAUCCCCCCAUUUGCAAACCUUAAUGGCUCAGACAUACUCAAAGGUGUCAACUAUGCAUCUGGCUCAGCCGGAAUUCGCAAGGAGAGCGGCAGCCAAUUGGGUCAUAACGUCAACUUGGGAUUACAACUACUUCAUCACAGAGCCAUAGUAUCACGUAUUGCUCACAAACUUGGAGGUUUAGACAAAGCUAAACAAUACCUUAGUCAGUGCUUGUAUUACGUGAAUAUAGGGACUAAUGAUUUCGAACAAAAUUACUUCCUUCCCAAUGUAUUCAACACAAGCCGCAUGUAUACCCCGAAGCAGUAUGCUAAAGUUCUUAUCCACCAAUUAUCUCAUUACUUACAGACACUGCAUCAUUUUGGGGCAAGAAAGUCUGUGCUGGUUGGGUUGGAUCGCUUAGGUUGCAUUCCAAAGCUCAGAGUAAAUGGAUCUUGUGUUGAGGACAAGAAUGAUGCCGUGUUCCUUUUUAAUGAUCAACUAAAAUCUCUAGUGGAUCAAUUCAACAAGAAAAUCUUAACUGAUUCCAAAUUCAUCUUCAUAAAUAGUACAUCCAUAAUCCACGACAAAUCCGUUGGUUUCGCGGUUACUCAUCAUGGUUGUUGCCCGACAAAUGAAAAGGGGAAAUGUAUUCGUGAUGGUAUUCCAUGCAAGAAUAGGAAUGAGUAUGUGUUUUGGGAUGGAAUUCAUACAACAGAGUCCGCAAAUUUAGUCACUGCAAUAACUUCAUACAAUUCUUCUAAUCCAGCCAUCGCUUACCCAACAAAUAUCAAACACCUUGUCCAAUCCAAUACAAUAAAUUAGUUCAAGGUGUCCCUGAAUAAAUUCAAAUAAUCUAGCAUGACAAUUCAUGUGAUGUUCUUUCCUUACUUAAUUCUAAUUUGUUUGUGUGUUCUUGUACCUUUUUUGAUUAAUGGAUGAGGAAUUGCAUCGGUUUGAUCAUUUUCUUGGAUAUUUAAUCAUUGGCAGGCUAGCUAUUUUUUCUGUAUUUGAUAUGUAAUUUGUUGAAAUGAGAUGGAAAAAAAUAUGAGUGUGAAUGAAUCAUUACUCAAUACUAAUCUAACGGAAUCAAUGAAUAGAGUGAAAAAGCACCCCAACCCAUGAUAAACUCGGCUUUUGUACCCAAGUAGUAGAAUUUUGUCUGGAAAUUACAACUUUGGGGUAUAUUUUUUUUAUUUACCAAUCUAGUAUAAAUCAGUGGCGGUUCUAUUUCUUUUUUUUUUCUUUUUUUUAAAGAAUUGUCAAUUGCAUUGGCAUGUUACUUUUUUUUCGUUUUUUAAAUAAAUCGCAACCAUGUUGGUGUUUUUCCUAUUUUUUAAUUUUUUUUUGUUUUUUCUAUUUUUUACCUUUUUUUAAAUUCGCCAACUUGUUUCUUGGCUUUUAUUUUUUUUUAAAUUAGUAAUUAAAAUGGUAUUUAAUCAAUUGAUACUCACACACAAUUUUGUGUCAUUAUUAACUUUUGCAGCACUUUGAUCAUAAAUAUUUGAACCGAUAUUUAAAGAUAAACAUAUGCAUGACAUAAUUUAGUUCAAGAGAAAGUGCCUUUUCCCCUACAGCUGAAAUGCGU